AUGGCGCUGCUUCGCAAUGCGGCCGUUGCCAUCACUGUUUGCUGUGCAUCGCUGGCGUUUGAUGAUGUACCGCUUUGCGAGGACGACGUUGGCGUGCCACGCUUCCAAUUGUUGCAGCGCAGCCUUUCGGUGAUGCGGGGUGUGCGUCUAGAUGGACGUGCCCCCGGGCGCUUGGCAGAAUGGGUUGGCAAGAACGGAAAUGCUAUCAGGUCGGGCUCCACCAUGGCAGUUCCCCCGUCCGUUCUGGCGACUCCUUCCUGGACGUGGACAGCGCCCAACAACCAGCUGGUGCGUUCCAGCCCCAUUGUCGACGCCGAAGGCGCCAUCUAUGUUUCAACCAGCGCCGGUGAGCUCUUCAAGUUCUCCCGCGAGGGCCGUCAGCUUUGGAAGCGUAGCUUCAAUCAUCAUGUUUUUGCAAAUCCCAUGUACUUCGAGAACAUCUACACCCUGCGAGACGACUGCACCUUCUUUGCACUCGAUGCGGCUACAGGCAAGACACUGUGGCAAAAGAGGGCCGGACAUGGUUCGGGACCUGACACUUUGACGGUGAUCGCUGCCAUGGAUGUAGUGAUUUCUUCGUGCUUCGGCGAGGGUGAGGGCACCACCCUCGGCGGAUCGACCACCGUGGUGGCUUUGAACGCCACCGAUGGUACCAUUAUGUGGUCUUUCCGGGCAGACCAUCCGCUCUACAACUGGAUCGGUUCCAUUCAAGAGCAGUCAGUGCUCUUCUCGGACCAGUUUGGUGGCACGUACCGUCUCAAUCUCUGGAACGGAUCGGUGAUUUGGAAGGUCCCGCCCCCCAGCAUCACAGGCCUUAGCACCGGGGGCUUGGCCAGCGGAAUGAAUGGGAUCGUUUAUGUCACCAGCAACCACGAAGAGGUCCCCAACUUCAGGUCGGGUUUCGUGUCAGCGUAUUCGGUAAGCGAUGGCUCGCUUAUUUGGCGACGAAACACAUCCUAUGCGGCGAAUGCGGGCGCCGCCGUCUCUGCGGGCACUCGACCCUUUGUAGUGGUGCCAACGGGGCCAAACCCAGCUAUGGCUUUGCAAGUCGGCGCAAAAGACUGGGAGAAAUACAACAACACCGAUGAUUUCAGGAAGCCUGGCAAGCUUGUCGUCUUGGAUGCCUUCGGAGGCCACACACUAUGGGAGUAUGACUUCCCGGACUGGUAUGGGGUGGCUGCCAAUGACACUUUUGAGCACAACUGCUUGCCUGACUCUUUUGCCAAUCCAGCCAUCGCGGGGGACGACAGCAUCUACGUUGUUGGGGAAAGUGGUCAGCUGUACCGCUUCCGGGACACCGAUGGGGACGGCAAGGUCACCGUGAGAGAUGAGAUCUCCUCUCACAGCACAGGCAACGGCUUCCAGGGGGCCCCGGCCAUCAGUGAUGGGAUUCUGGCAAUCGCUCCGUGCAACGGGCUGCAGGUCUUCCUUUCGUAG